UAUGUCAAGUUUUCUACAAAAUUAUUGCAAAAAUCAUGGCGGACAGACUGAGCCAUAUAUUACCAUUCAUAGUGGGUCCUAAUCAAAAUGGUUUUGCAAAGGGAAGAUCUAUUAUUGAAAAUAUCUUGAUUGGCCAAGAAGUAAUGCAAUUCCUUAAGACUAAAGACCAUGGAAAAGGAAAAUGGAUGGCGCUAAAACUUGACAUGGAGAAAGCCUAUGAUCGUGUAGAAUGGGAAUUUCUAAUUAAUGUAAUGAAAGUAUUGGGAUUCAGUGAUCAAUGGAUUAAAUGGAUCCGCUCUUGUAUCACUACUGUCUCCUUCUCAAUAAUCUUGAAUGGCUCAACUCACGGGUUUUUCAAACCUUAGAGGGGACUACGUCAAGGGUGUCCUCUCUCUCCAUUAUUAUUUUCCAUCUACACAGAGGCCUUUUCGGCUAUGAUCCAAGGCGCUAUCUCAAACUAUUCUCUCCAUGGGCUCCGCGUUCAUAGGGAGGCUCCCAUGACCUCUCACCUCUUUUUUGCUGAUGACUCAUAUCUCUUUCUUAGAGCCUCAAGACCAGAAAUAACAAAUCUGUUGGGAUUACUUCAAUCAUAUGAAGCUGCAAGCGGGCAACGAGUUAACCUCCAGAAAUCGACCGUUACCUUUAGCUCCAAUAUCUCUUAACAAGAGGCUACAGAAUUAGCAAAUGCUCUAGGAGUCGCCAAAAUAGGGACCCAUGAUCGAUAUCUAGGUCUUCCAUCAAGAAUCCAUCGAUCUAAAGUCCUUACCUUUCGGUAUAUUGAGGACUCUUUAGCGGCUCGAAUCCAGAACUGGAAAUCUAAACAUGUGUCAUUGGCAGCCAAAGAAGUAGUGAUAAAAUCGAUAGGAACAGCCACACCAAUCUAUGACAUGUCAUGUUUCCGCAUCCCUUCUACCCAAUGUCGAAGACUUAAUAGUCAAUUGGCCCGAUUUUGGUGGGCUAACCAAGAAAAAGACAAAGGUAUGCAUUGGCUUUCAUGGCCUGAAUUAUGUAAUAGUAAAUUUGAGGGAGGACUGGGAUUUAGAGACUUUGAUUGAUUUAACAUAGCCAUAUUAGCUAAACAAGCCUGGAAACUACUAAUAGAUCCUGAUAAUACUGGCAAAAAUAUAUAAAGCCCGAUAUCACCCUAAUGACCACUUCCUAAAUGCGAGAGCUGGAUCUCGUCCCUCUUGGGCUUGGCAAGGUAUCCUUGAAGGGAAGAACCUCCUUAAAAAGGGCCUGCGAUGGCAAGUGGGAUCAGGGUCCUCAAUAUACACUCUACAGGAUCCGUGGAUACCUUCAGAUUCACCCUCCUACCCAAUCUUGAAGACAGGUAUGACCUUAGAAGGUCCAGUAGUUGCCUACCUUAUCGAUCCAAUAACGUUUACUUGGAACUCUAACAAGAUUCGAUCUUUAUUCUACCCAGCUUCUGGCGAACUAAUUCUGUCCAUACCUCUUCCCUCAUAUCCUAGGGAAGAUAGACUCAUUUGGCACUAUGAUAAAUCUGGUCAAUAUACAGUGAAAUCGGGGUACCACCUUUUGACAAAUGAAAUUAACCCAUUUCAUAACAGUAUACCAGACUACUUGGACAUAAAAUUUUGGAAAUCAUUAUGGAGUAUACCAGUGCCACCAAAACUGAAAUUCUUCCUUUGGAGGAUAGUUCGGUGGUUCCUUCCUGUUCGCAAAACUCUACAAAUUCAAAAAUUGACUACUUCGUGUGAAUGUCCAGUGUGUUGUGAACCAACUGAGGACAUUAAGCAUUGCUUUUUUUAAUGUAGGAUUGCAAAAGAGCUAUGGAUCAUGGCUGGAUUGGAACAUCGUAGAAACUCAAUGCGCUCCCUCCAACCAGAUCUGGCAUGGAAAAAUCUAUUCUGUGCUACUCACAUCUCCAAGACUGAGAUUGCCGAUACGGUUUUCCUAUUCUGGCGAAUCUGGAAAGGAAGAUGCAAAGCUACUUAUGCUUUAGUAUUACUUCAAACUCGAGUUUUGUUCAGACAACUAACAUCGCAUAUAGAGGAAUGGCGAACGGCGGAGGGACAAAAAGCUCGGCAACCCACAGGUGCUCAAAGAUCAGCGGCGAACCCUAACAAUCAAAUAGGAUCUCGAAGGAGUCAUCCAGAUGCUAUAUGCCCUAAUAACGGUAUCCUUGUUAGAUUUGAUGGAGCCAUGAAGAAAAACCAAGGAGGCUCAAUCGGAUUUGCGGGAUUCUCGAGAGACGGUACGUUAUCCUUUGCUUUUGGAAAAUAUUAUGAAGGUAUUUCGGAGGCUUACAUUUCUGAGCUUCUAGCUCUUAGAGAUGCUAUGAGAUGGUGCUUAACACAUAACUUUUUGGUGGUUGCAUUUUGUGGAGAUGCUCAACUGGUUAUCAAGCACGCUAUGGCAAAGAACGCUUCUCAUUCUCGAGCAGGGGCUGUCUUGGAGGAAGUUCACUCCUUUUUCUCCUUUUUUGAGUCAGUGUCGUGUCUUUUUGCUCCUCGGAGCUAUAACAGAGCUGCCCAUGUAGUGGCUAAUCAGGCUCUCUCAUCGGGAAUCCGCUUGCUUACGGAUUACCGCCCUUUUUUGGAAGCUACUUGUACCUGAGUCGAGUCUUUUGUCCCAUGCCCUCUGGUGCUUGCCUUGGGAAAAAAAAGACACUCGGCAACACACACGUUGAUUGAUAUGCGGAAACCAAUUGUUAAUCUGCCGAGCUCCUUCAUGGCUUUCAUAAAAUUAGUUACCCAAACUAAUUAAAUGUCGUAGUAAUAUAUUCUAGAGAGUUUGCAUUUUUUCAUGUAUUUUUUUUUUAAAAAUUUUAGGGUGAUGUCUAUUUAUUACACAAACCUUUUCCAGAUUCUUUUAUUUUAUCCAAACCUAUUGGAAUAUUAUUUAUUAACCAAAUAUAUUGUAAUUGACCAAAGUCUGGGCAUUCAUUCUGUUACCGUUAAUUUUUUACUAACAUAUAUCUACCUCAGCAUACACAUCAAUCGUCCCGUUCACCUCUCUAAAUCUCUUCUCUUUCUUCCCAUCAGAGAGGAGACUUUCUAGAUAUGGAAUCUAGAUCUAUAACUUGAAAAAUGAAAAACAUAGGAGGGGUUUAUGAUUUGGACUUUUGAAGAGGACGAAUGGGUGGCGGCUGGAGAGGACGACGACCGGUGCCUGGAGAGGACGACGAUGGCGGCACGGAAGCUGAUGGUGAUCGGAGGAAGGAGAUGCCGACUAUGUUGGGACUUAUUGGAACGAGGGUAUACAUACGAUAGCCCGAGACCGGGUGACUAGGAUUGUGAUAUAGUCGUGAACAACGUUCACUUUUCGAAAAGAAUAUUUCCACCCUCAACAAGCCUAGGGUUACAGGAAAUUUCUCUCGAGGAUAAAACUAUCAACACUUUAGGUUCCAGGCUCAAGAACACUAAAGCAUACUUAGAAAUUUUUGGAAGAAAGAAGAAGAAUAUGUUUGAUGGUAUGUGGCAUCAUGCACCCCACACACAUAUUUAUAGGGGUCGAAUCCAUGCAUUGUUUCAUGAAAGGUUGCCUUUAACAAUACGAAAGGUUGCCUUUAUCCAUAUGAAAGGUUGUCUCUAUCCAUAUGAAAGGUUGUCCUUAUCCAUAUGAAAAGUUGUCUUUAUCUUUAAGGUUAUCCUUAUCCAUAAAAUAAUGCAACCGCCACUAGGCCAAAGGGAAGUGUCCCUUCACGGAAUUAGAAUAUCGGUUCGGUCGGUCUAAUCCCAAACUGGUUGGUCGGUCCAACCCAAAACCGGUUUGACUUGGUUAGUCCGGUUCAACCAAAUUUCCAACAGACUAUGACUUGGAGAUUAGUCGUCAGAGAUUUGAGUAAUCGAGAGGCAGGUGGCGGGCUGAUGCGUAUAUUUAUUAGAGUUUUCAUUAUUUGAAUUAGUUAGUAGUGUUGAGGACUUGAGGUAGUUAGAGAGUCAUGUGUUUAUUAGAGUAUUUAGGAGUGUUUUGCAUAAUAGGUGGAGUGGGUUUAGUGGGUUUAGCAUCUUAUGGUUAGUUGGUUAGCGUAGAUAGACGUGGGAUUAGCUCCACUUAGAUAGGCCUUUUCAAUUCCAGUUUUUGUGUAUUUAAGUUGAGAACGUAAGGGAUAAUGGGUAAGCAAUAUUUCAGAAAAUAAGAAAUCCCUGGCCAUUCUCGCUACGAAAGGAGAAACCUGGUCCACUCCCACCAAGAAAAUGGAACUAUCCAAAUCCAACACGUAUCACAGGCUUUCCCUUCUUUGCCGGAUUAGUCUGCUAAGAAAUACCCAGAUCUGACCCCCUACAGGUUUCUACAUAUUGAAACCCAUCUUCAACGGUGUGACGCUUGUAAGCAAUGAUGAGCAAACAGAAUCCUAGGUUGAGGCGGGAGAGGCAGAGCGGUGGGGUGGUUGCCUUGAGAAGGUUGCCCGAAAUCGAUGCAUGGAAUGGGUGGCGACUGAAGGAGUUUGAAUCAGUCGCCUCACUCUCCCUUAAGGAUUCGGCAUUGCCUGCAGGAAGUGUUUGAUAUCGACGGCCGGACGAGGGAGACCAAGGGGAUAGAUCAGGGGAGGGAGGUCACAACUCACAAGUCAGGGCUUAAGUUUUUUUCUCAUUUUAGUAGUUAUUUGAUUUUUUAAUUAAAAACAUAAAAUAAUGAAAUGUUGAUAGGGAAAAUUCUUAGCUCCAACCUUGGUUGGACGCAGAAGCUCAUCAUUUUUUUUAAUAUUUUAAUUCUUGAUUUACUUAGCAUAAUUAAAUAUUAAGAAAAAAGGAAAGUGAAUCCAGCAAUAAUAAACUGACACCUUGGAUGGUUGGAGCUUCUGUGUCCAACCAAGGUUGGAGCUAAGAAAUUUCCGUUGAUUGUCAUGUAGGACGCCAACUCAACAUCGUGAUGCUUAGUCAAAAUUACUAACGGAAAAGUUGACAGAAAGUUAACGUUUGGCUAAUUUUUAGUAAUUUAAUAGGUUUGGAUAAAAUAAAAGAAUAUGUGAAAGAUUUGGAUAAUAAAUAGACAUUAAUCGGGAAAAAAUUAUUCAUUUUUCGGGUGUUUUCCCUGCUAUAAGGUUAACCAAUGAAAAUAUUUGUUUUAUUUAUUGCAUGGAAACUACGAGACGAGUACAUUCAAAAGAUAGAUUAUGACGUCAAUCAUUUAAAGGAGGGGACUUCAAUUACACUAGUUGAUCUGCCACGACCACUUGUUGCUUCUCGUUAGCUUUGCACUUUUUUGAGCAGAAGUAAAAGCAAGGGCUGAAAACAGACGAGCAUUCCUCCAAACACGAGAUCAAACAUGCUGGAUUUACUGAAACCACUUGUUGUGAAGUCAUAGAACCUAAAAUCAUAAACAACACCAUUAUCAACACGCCCAUCUUCUUCAUGGCCUCCAUUUUGUUUCUCUAUGUAUGUAUUUAUCUAUCUUAUAUAUAAAAUAUAUUAAUGAUAUAUGUAUAAAGUAGUGAAUUUCGUGGUGGAGCUAGCAUCUCCAAUUCCCUUUUUAUAUUGUAGUUUUGAGUCUAUGUUAUGGGAGAGAAACAACCUUAACAAGAAGAAGAUAGAGGUGAAUCUAAUGCAAUGAACAUAGGGAUAUAGUUUCCUUUUUCUCUACCAUAUUUAUUUUUAAUGGAAUUUCAUUCAUUGUCUUGAUUACUAGUCCCUAUGAUUCGUAUGCACAUCAAUUCUCGGGCUCCACUAUUAUCUACUACAUUCAAACGGGUUUGCGGUUGAAUCAUAUCAUUUUUUAAUCUGUAUUUCAGUGCAAACAAAAAAAAAAGAAAUAUUGGUUGUUCAAAACAAAAAAAUAAACUUACG